UGUGCUUUGCAGCACUUUUGCAAUCUGAUGAAUUCCCAGCGGAUGGCAGGAUUUUGAAGCAACAACUUUACUCUUGAUUUCUCCGUCAGUGGGAGCUUCACAUCAGAGGCUCUGGUUCAGAGUUGGGACUCGACUCCCCUGGACUCUGCUGGGCCAAACCAUGAGGUCCCGUCAAGGCACCACGAUACUGCUGCCCAUCGCCCUCUGCCUCGGUUUGGUCCCUGUGUGUUUCGGGGCGGCAAUUCCAAAUUCAUGUGCUUCCAUCUACAAGAGUUUUGCCCAGUGUUUACUCACACUCGGGGACAGUUUGGUGGACACACAAAAAGACCAGAGUACACAGGACAUCGAUGCAAUCUGCAGGUCCUGGAAUGCGUUCCACGAUUGCGCAAACUCAGCCCUGGCCGGCUGCCCCGGAGAGGCAGCAGCUGUCUGGGAGUCUCUAAGACAAGAGUCCAGGAAGACAGAGUUCUCUGGAAACCUCUACGACAUGUGCGCCAGUCGCACGACCCUCCCACCCAGCACUGUGCCUGCAGCCCAGAGCCCCCCCACCUCCGACCAGGCUAACAAGGAGACACUGAAAGGCCGAACACACAAACACAGCCCCACCCUCAGCACGCUGCUGUUCCCUGUAUGCAGCACGCUACUAGUUCUGCUCAGGAGUUAGGAAGCUGCUCAGUCAGCGUGAUGACAGCUGAGAGUCCUCCACCCGCCGCCAUCAAAACAAACGAGGUUCACAUGUCAGACGUGUCAUGAUUACAACCAGAAACCCUGAAAUCCGGAUUUCAGAAACAGGAUCAAAUGAAGAAUUUGGUUUGGUGUUUCUUACAGGGACAAUAUAAAAUAUCUAUUUAGACUUUAACUGAUCAGAUUAUUACUGGUAUGAGUUUACAUGCUUCAGCCUCAGAGAGGACACUGAGGACGCUGCUUUCAUUUUGACAUAAAUUACCCUUACUGUGGUUUUACUUUUUUAUAUAUGUGGAUGGCACGUAUCCAGUCAGUAUUAAAUUAUAAUGACGUCAUUUACUAUUACUUAGUCACAAUAUUUAAGGCUGGAGAAGCAAACAGUUUAAUCCAGGGAGAAAAGAAAUAAUCGCACAACUGGACUAGGUCAUAUCACUACAUCACAGAGGGAUUUUUAUUUCAAUGCCAGGUGUUCAGAUGCGUUUGUAAUCCAAUCAUGCGUGAGAUCACUGUUAUAGGGGGUAAAACAAUACUUUAGAGAGUAUAACUCAUCUCUGUCUGUGUCGUGUUUAACAUCAGAGAAUUUCAUUUUUUUGUGGAUGGAUUCUUUGCGGUGUCUACAUGUUGAUAAAUUUCUAUCACUGUUUAAAACUGUGUCAUUUCAUGUGACUCUCUCAAUGGUUCACUCGUCCUUUUCGAGCAGUUUUACUGUAUAUGUUGCUUUUUCUACUCUGAACUGCUGGAUGCAGGGAAGUUUUAACCUUGAUAAAUAAUAUAUACAUUAAUGAAUCCCCUGUGGGGCAAUUCAAAAUUAUGCAUGCCAGAACAAAAACACAUAGGGCAAAUUAACAUAUAAAAUAAAUUUCAAUAUUGAAGAUUCAUGUCUGCAUUGUCAUCAUUCUCAGAUACAUUGAAAUUGUAAGAGAUUUCCAAGAUAUAUCUAUAUACAUGGGUAAAAAUAUAUAAAAAAUAAAGGGUAACGUGCUGGUAUCAGACAUCACACCGCUAAAAUCAAUCAAUGUUUUUUCUUCUUCCACGAUGAGUUGAUUUCUUUAAGGCAUUUGUUCCAGCUCGUUCUCCCAAAACAGUCUGCUUGAGUAAUACAAUAAGUAUUUAAUAUACUCAAUCAUCCAAAUAACUAAAGGUGCAGGUUUACUAUACAGUUGAAUAACAUUAACUAGCAAUAUUAGCUAUUGUGUUUCCUGUUAUUCACUUCAGUUGGCAGUUUAAUGCAUUUCCUCCACAAAAAACUGGGGGAAAAGAGAUUAUUUUUUCUAUACAGAUGUGACUAAGAGAAUAAAUCCACCUUCAUUUCGAAACAAAAUGUCGGUAAUCGGCGUAAGAUUUUCCAAACAGAAUGUAUUUGCCCCCUGCUCUCGUAUACUGGAUUUGAGCUUAAACACAGAUAAAUUUGAGUGGUGGCCAUUUCCAAUUAAUUAUGUUCUAUAACCUUUUUUAGUUGAGUGUCUUCAGACCAAAUGGAAAGAAACAUUACAACAUACAAAAUCUAUGCAAAGAAGCGAGUAGCCAGGUGUUGUACAAAUGUUCACAUCACCACUGUAUUUACUGUUUGAUUUUCAGUUUCCCCCCCCCCCCCAUCAUUACAUUAUUGAAAUGUGUUCACACUAUUAGAACGGUACGUACUUCUUUGUUUCGCUCAGAUUUUUAUUGUCCAACAAAUUUAAAUUGAAGGUAUACUCACAUAAACAAUUCAGUUUUUUUCACCUUAAAUUGUGUGUUUGUGUCUUGGUUGUGUGUGUGUGUGUGUGUGUGUGUGUUUGUGUCUUGGCUGUGUGUGUGGGUCUGUUGGUCUAAUCUUCAUACUCUUAAGCUGUUUCAUAACAGCAGAAGCAUGAGGAGACUAAUCUAAUCUUUCUCUAUUCGUCCAGAGUAUCAGGUUGUACCUCAAAACUCUUGAAAGCAGUGUCAGCGCCCUCAGAGCGUGCAGGAUAUGAACUGAGUAGAAAGACGAUGGUGAUUGGUUGUGUCUUGACAUAUGACCUGAGCGUGAAAUAAGCAGGUGUGACAAAUGCAGCUCAGAGGUGAUGGCUUCAUUUCUGCCGUACGCUGAAUUUAAGAAGUUAAUGCAGCGGUCACUGAAACCUCAACUGAACAUCCUGCUUAAUAUUAAUGUACUACACGGAUUUAAUGUGAAGUCACAAGCGUGCAGCCUUUGUACUUGAAAAUUUACAAAUUUAAUGGCUGAUUUGAACUGUUGGCUUGUACAGACAAUUCUGUUGCAAUUUGCACAUGACCAUUUCUCCAUUUGACUGUUAAGCCGAAAUCAUUCAGACUGCAUGUCAGGAAGUCACUGGUUUUCUCUACUUUUUGCUGACGGACUACAUGUGUACAAUCCAGAUUAUAUCCCUGAUCUGGCCAUUACUGCACAAAGAUGGCAGGUCACCACAGACGCAGAAGGGCGGGAGUGAAAUCUGUUGCUGUGUGACUGAGCCUCAGUCAGAGCUUCCAUGUUUAUACGGACCACAAUGAUUUUAAUAUGAUGAUAUAAAAAUGAAGUGCUACUGUGAUUUGACUGGGAAUCUAAAGACAAUGUGCUUGUGUAUAAGCGAUGCUUUAGAACAUGAGUUAUGACUGAAUUAGAAUACAAAAACCACUACUAAUGAGAUAACGUUUAAAGACAUGAUCAAAUGAAAUAAAUUAUGAUUCAAUCUAAAUAUCAUGCUCAAUAAUUAUUUUAAGGAAACACAUUUUAUUAUGUCUGCCAGGAAACAAUGUAUAUAUAUUUUGGGUAUUUAUCUAUAUAUGUAUUUUUGUAUCUACAAGUGUAUUACAUAGAAAUAUAUUAAAUGUACAAUUCAAACAGUACAUUUCAUUAAAAACUGCCCACUUUU